AUGGUCAUCAAAACCCAGAUUGCGCAUGAGCAGAACAAGCUCCACGAGCUUGCGGAUGAAAUCAGGCGUGUCUGGUUUCAGGUACGCGCAACGGUAAAUGUUGGGGUGGUUGAUGUGGGUGCAAAGCGACGAGAUUCUGCCGCUCCCGUCCAGCGCCAGUGUCUCGAUUUCGAGGUUCACGUUAUGUUCAUUGCCCCAUUCGACAAGACUGCUUUUGGUAGCUUCUGCCAUGUCAGUUCCGGUACCACUGGAGUUUCUGAGGUUGUGAGUUUGGACAAGGACGAUUCCUGUGUUUCGUAUUGGGUCUUUGGUACCGUUUCACAUCGCACUGGAGAGUUGCCUGAAGAAGUUCCAAAUAUACUGAGCAAUCCAUUGGAGUUUUGCGAGCCGUUCCAAAACGCCCACGAGGUGGUCCGAGCAAGACUGGGCCCAAAAUUGCUCAACUGCUCAGCAGCAAUCUCUGCGCGCUCGUUCUCGAUGGAUUUGGCCGACUGUUGUUCGUGCGAGUUCUGGUUAUUAGCUCCCAUCCAGGACCAGCCGAACCAUCCUUUUGCUGGUGCUUGUUCUGUAUUUGCAGACUCAUCUGGCUGGUCAUUGGGUUGCUCAGUCGACCGCCAUAGAGGAUUUGUCCAUGUUGUCCAGGAGUCCUGUUGCUUGCCCCAGAACCCGAAUCUAUUAAGAAUUCCCUGCUGUUCUGUUUCAGACUCUGUUCAACGCGAAGAUGGCAAACAAGAAAUUUUGGCGUUAUUGUCUCAGGUAGACUCCUUAACCAAGAAACUGGAAUCAAAGGAUAAACAACUGAAACAGGAAUUGGACAAAAAUGCCUCCAUGUCAAAAGAAAUUGACAUUGCAAAGAAAAACAUCCAGGUGAUAACAGAUGCCUAUAAAAAGCUCCAGGAUCGUCAUUCGAGAUUACAAGAAGAAAGCAAAGUCAAGUUGCAAAACGUGGAAUCGCUCAAUGACGAUAUCUUGUCGUUGAAUAUCGAAAAUAAUCUAUUAAAUGACCGUCUUACAAAGACCAAGUUAGAGUACGAAUUAUUGGUCAACAGAUGGAUGAAUCGAGUCAAACAGGAGGCAGAAGUGCUGAAUGAUGCCAACGAGGCUCUUUCUCGAAGCGAAAAGACAGACACUCCGGAGCCUUAG